AUGCCCACCGUUCUCCACGAAGCAUCGUUCGACGUGGUGAAGGAUGCCAUCAUCAAAAGUAUCGACGCCCUUCCGUAUGAUCGCGACAUCAUUUUUACGACAACCAACAUGAAUUGGCCGCUAAAAGUCAAGGGCGCAUCGAUCACAGCUGAUGUGAUCGUCUCAAUCACUGCAAUGGAUCUACCAGCAAAAGUCGUUCUGGUUCCCUUCCUUGCUGAAUGCGCUCUCUCGGAGAAAGAUGAGCAUGUAUUUGGAAAAGUUGAAAAAGUUGUUUUGGCGCGUCCAGACAUUAAGUGCGCGGUUGUUGUUUUAGUACGGGAGGAUACAGACUACGCCGCUCCCGAUGACGAUUCCAUCGCAUCAACGGUCCUACGUGGCGGCACUAGCAGUGACCCGCGCCUCCUCACUCAAGAAGAUUUCCUCAAUCUACGCACCACGCCACGUUCAUUCAGUGAGCCCGUCGUAAUCGGCGACCAUACAUGGUGCCAUGUCACAUCGGUGGAAUACUUCGUCUGGGUGAAGGGAGAUGAUGCGCCGAUCAACGUUCGUUCCAAAGAUCCUGCGCAUACGGCGUACGGCACAUUGGUGCCCACAGUAGAUAUGGACUCCGUCACCAACAUGCUUGACAAAGGGUUGACGAAGAUUAAAGACUCUAUUGUAACUUUACAGCAGAAGCUCGCGCCCGACCUCGACUUCACCGUUCUCGCGGAAACUCCUAUCCAAUCUUUCUUUGACUGGAGCCGUGCCUCGAGACGAAUCCUGACAGCCGCCGAAAUCACCGCCUACGACCGUUAUUGCGAGUGGCACGUGAAGCUUUUCGGCGAGUCGGAUAGUGAGAGUUCUUACGCCCCUUCGGAACAGACAGAUGACUCGGUUGAGGAAGAGAUGGCGGACGCUCAAGGCUCCAAACGUAAGCGUGCGAGCACGUCCGACCUUCCCUCUUCUAGGUUUAAAAUCCCGAAGGCGGCCUAG